CCUUGAACAACGUAUCCUCCGGCUGGUAAGCGAGAGGCAAUGGCCUUUCCUUACUGGCUUAGUCUGCUCCUUCCAGACCGAGCACUACAUGUGUCUUGGGAUGGAGUAUGCGGAAGGAGGAACCUUAGACUCGUACUUGAGUGAAGGAGGAUUGCCACUUGAGAGAGUAAGAUUCUAUUCGGCUUGCAUAGUCCUGGGCCUGCAGUUCCUACACGAGCAUAACAUCGCUCAUAGAGAUUUAAAACCAGAAAAUGUGCUACUGUACGGCGACGGCUAUGUGAAACUCGCAGACUUCGGCCUCUGUCGAGAAGGAAUGGCGUUUAACAGCACGACCUCAGCCGGAGGCGGCACACUCUUCUACAUGGCCCUGGAAAUGUUCAGGGGCCAAUACACGAGAGCUGUAGACUGGUGGGCACUGGGAGUGACAAUGUACAACAUGCUCACUGGAGCCGCACCAUUUCGUGGAUUAAAUACAAUGCAAUUCUUUGGAACUGUUACGACCGAGGAACCAGAUUAUCCAGUUGAUAUCACCGAGGAUACUCACAGUAUAAUAGCAGAGCUCUUAGAGAAAAACCCAAGGUAUCGCCUUGGCUCAGGAGAAGAUGAUGCCGAGGAAGUGAAGAACAGCCCUUUCUUUGAGGGAUUGGACUGGGAGGCUCUGGAAAAUAAACAAAUUCAGGCUCCUUUUAUACCCGAGAGAAGAACAACGAAAGAGCCUGAAGGGAGCCUUAAAUUAACUCCAGUUGGUGGCUCCAAACCACUGCGGGAAGAAGCCCAGUGGGCCGUGGAAGAGCUGUUCUAUGCUAGGAGUUCUUCGUCAGAUUCUGAAUCAUAAGUAUGCCUUAUAAUGCAUAAGAAUUCCAGCAUAACAGUGGAAUUGGUCAAGUAUGGAGGUUAUAGUUUCUAUGAAGACAUCCAAAGUGAACUUGGAUCCCUGUCUGCAUCGCAGCAGAAAGUUCCGGGGCCCCUAAAGGGCGUCGGUGAAGACCGAUGUUAGCAGGGGUUUUCCUGUUCACAAAAGAUUCUGUGAAGAUUAAGGAUGAAGGGAGGUGGGCGGCCUGGGAUGAAGUAUCUGCUGCUGACGGAGGUGUUGGGGAAGGCAAGGAGGGGCCCAGGCUACAAUUUCAAAUUACAGUCCAUCGGUCUCUGCUAACUUGACACUGCCAUGGACUGAGAAUCGUAAAGGUGCAGAAGAUCAAGUUUCCGUGAAGAUUAAGGAUAAAGGGAGGUGGGCGGCCUGGGAUGAAGUAUCUGCUGCUGACGGAGGUGUUGGGGAAGGCAAGGAGGGGCCCAGGCUACAAGUCUCUAGUCUGCAGCAUUGGUUGU